AUGGCCGAGUGUUCGCUUGACGGUCUAGCGGCCGAAUGGGAUGCCAUCGAAAGCUUACGUGAGGGUCUGCGCAGAGGUCAGAACCUGAUCGUGGAAGUAUCGGAAAAGCAAGUGGAUAUCAAGAUGCCGAAGAAGCACAAACUCCUGCUUUUGCCGAUACUCAAUCGCAUGCGGGAAGCCAACAAGAAACUACCGAGUAUCGAGGCGUUUCGAUGCGAGGUUCGAUUGCUCAUGCAACUGAACAAGCGAGACCCAACAGAGGAGGAUAUUCAGAAGUCUGCUUGGCUAAUCCGUAAGAACUGCGGUUUCAUCAAGAUGAAAUGUCGACGUCAAGAGGACCCCCAAGUCGAGAGCGAUGAGGAUGCUUACGACGACGAUGGUGAGGACGAUUGCAGUGACCUCGCCAGUCACCUGUCUGACUUUCAGGCGGCGUGUGAGGGGUCAGAGCAGACGGAUGAGUAUGCCGACUCGUCCGAUGUGGGCAUGGCUCCCCUGCAGAUCGUUGAGGUGCCGGACGAGGGCAGUGUGCCGGCAGAGGACAGUGGGCCGGCACCGGUUGCGUGUCCACCCGUGGAAGCCGUGGAAGUGCCAAACGAGAACAGUGGGCCGGGUCCAUGCGUGAAAGUGCCGAACGAGAACAGUGGGCCGGGCGAGAAGGCUUUGAAAGAACAGCGCAUCCAGCAGAUCAAAGAUCGAUUGGAGAUAUUGGAGUACCAGGGCAAGGGCCAGGUCACCAAGCCAUUGCCUGGCAACCCCCCUUCGCCUGAAACCUUCAGCAGUAAGACGCCCGAGGUUUUCACCCCUGACAAGGAGCCAUUGGAGACGGACCCAACGGUCGAUAGGAUCGCUCAGCUCAAGUUGAAGCAGCUGAGGAAGGAGAAGGACGGUCGUGGAACUCGCGGCCGUGGUGGCGGUCGAGGGGGCCGUGGACGCGGCCGCGGCCGCGGAGGCCCUUCAUCUGCCGAUGCGGCAGCGGAUGGCGAGGCUGCUGAAGCCGACUACUCGGUGGAGGAGUGGAUGGCUUGGUAUGAAGCGCCAGGCGAUUACUGGUACGAGACGCCCAAAAAGGCAUCUAAGCGUGAGCCCGUGACGGAGCCGGAGAGCACCAUCAAGGAGCGCAAGAGCACAAAGAACCCGUCCAAGGCCGACGACCCGAAGAGCGACAUGGAGCCGAAGACCAACCGAAAGCGAAAGGAGCCGACGAUCGAGGGCGACGUGGAGCCGAAGACCAACAGAAAGCGCAAGGAGCCGACGAUCGACGGCGAAGUGGAGCCGAAGACCAAGUCGAAGGACACGAAGAGCAAGCCCAAGGCUAAGGCUAAGGCUAAGGGUAGGGCUUCCAAGAAUGCGAAGUCCGCAGAUGAGGCGCCUGUGGCAAAGCGCAAGAGGUUGCCGGAUUGUGCGGGCUUCAGCAACAAGAGGGCUCAAGCAGCCAACGGCGAGCCUACUUUCGCCAGGCGGUACAGGCCGGCCACGCCUUUCAAGGCGAAGCGGUGGGAGGCAAUCAGAAAUUGCUUCCGGUCGCAGAUCAAGCCCCAGAUUUCGGGCAGCCCCAGCCUUUACGAGGAUAUGGGCUAUAUGCUAUAUGACCCCUUUUGGAUGUAUUGUAUGACGCAGAUGCAGAAAACGAAAGCGAAGAUCGACGAGGACAACGUGGUCAGCCAUGUGGAGAAGUGCUGCAAGAAGUACUUGCAGCAGGCCAGAGCCAAAGCGAAGUCCACGCGCGGGAACAAAUGGAAGGAGUUUGUGCUGUGCCUGCUGCUCCUCAUUUUCAGCUACACGGAAGAUGAACUGGUCCAGGAUUAUGAUUGCUUGGAGUUUUAUGCUGGUCGUGCUCGAACAACCGCUGCUAUGAGAAACAAAUCCCUCAAAGCUGCACGGUUUGACAAGAAGUACAAUGCACCCGACCUACGACACCGCUCCAACUUUAUGGAUCUGCUCGCCUGCUACUUCAUCCUCCGUGGCCGCCCUGAAAAUUUCUUUGUAAUGUUCGCAGUGAUGUGCUCUUCGUUCUGCAAGAUGAACAGUGGUACUUCCAAGCGAAGCAAGUGUAACAGCCUGGGCUACGAUGCUUAUGUGUCCGUCCGUACCAGCAACAUGUUGCUCGAGAGGUCCGUCCUCCUGAUCUAUCUGGUCACUGGGCUGGGAGGAACCUGGUUCGUGGAGCAGCCGAAUCAAUCUGUUCUCGAAUAUUACCCCAGUUUCCGCAAGAUGAUUAUGGAUCUCUUCAAUGUUCGGGGACGAGAUGCUGCAACGACACAGGAGCUCGAGGACGCUGGGCUGUUUACAGGCCCAACCACCGGUCCUGAAGAGACUGACGCCAUCGAUGUUGACAUAGAUGAUGAUGAAGUGCAAGCUUUCUUUGGGUCUAUGACAUUGACUGUUGUCAAAGCCGAGCCCUCUGGGGAGAGUCCGGUAAAGGGUGCAUCCCAGCCCCCUGGCGACGGCAGCGCAGGGCCAAUCGCGACCCCUGCCAGAGCAUCUAGUGCGCCGGUUCCAGUGAAAAUCGAAAGCAAGCUCAAGCUCACCAAGGAGCAGACCCGCCAGGAGAAACUGCUCCUGGCCGCCAGGAGCAGACUUAACAGGAUGAUGAAGCCGCACACCAAGAAGAAGGAUCUCGAGGCUCCAGAGUAUGCUAAGAAGCAUUGGAAGGACGUGUUCUUGCAAAGGCUAGAGAAGAUCGUGACGAAAAAAGAAAAGUACACGAUAAAGCUCGACGAGGGCUGGUAUUCAGCUGCUGAGAUGAAGCGAAAUUGCUAUGACGACGUGGAGGAGUACUGGGCUUCUGACCCAGUGGAGAUCCCGGAGGGCUCCUUCAAAGGAGCGACUGCCUACCAGAAGAGCAAGGCCGCUGAAGCCUCCCUGGCUUCUGGCUCUUCCGGUGCUUCUGCCAACAAGGAUCCGCACAUCGAGAACCUGGACGGAUGGGUGCAAAAACUUGAGGAACAACACGAAGCUUGUCAGUUGGUGCUGAGCCAGGGUGAGCUGAACAACUUCAACACAGAGAAUGCCAAGAAGUACCUGGACAAGGUGGACAAGGACAGCACCAACAAGCGAAGCCUAUGGACCCGCUAUGCUGGAAAGCUUCAUGCUCGGCGGCGGUUCGUGCUGCGCAACGAGUGGUUGCCGACAUCGGCGAGAAAGCACGAGAAGAAACACUUGACUGUCCUGAGAUUACGUGACUGGCUUCAAUUCUUAGUCGACAAGAAGUGCUGGCAUAUCGUCACAGGCCUGGUCCGCAGGGACGCAGCCCGCGAGAGGGCGAUUCUCAAGUCCUUUUGGGAAAAGUACCGAUGCACUCACGAGCACCAUCCGAUUUAUGAGAUGGAGAGGCAGGGCUUGCUCUCUCUGGAGCGCACAGCUGGAUGGCCGAAGAAAGUGAUCGAGGCCGAGGGGUGCGUGCAGUUGCUGCUUCAGCACUGCAAAGACGAGAACGAUUUCGUUUUGCAACAGGGUGUUUCUGAUGGACACAGCGGCGAGAAGUUUCAUGCUUGCAUCCUUGCUGUCACUGGUGAUUGGCCCUGGCUAAUCAAAUCUGGGAAUUUGGGAAGAAGCUUUAAUCAUGUGGUCAAAAAGACAAAAGAGGUGGCGGAUCCAGAGGGGAUCUGUCACCUCUGUCAGGCAGGGCAGAGGGGGCACAGCUUCGAACACUUCCACACGAGAGACCCAUCGUGGCUUCAGACAUUCUUGGUCCAAAGCCCCUUCUUGGAUCCUAGAAGCCCGCUCGCGGACCUUCCUCACCCACCGGGGGCUGCGGCCUCCAACUUCCGAUACGACCUGUGGCAUUGUUGUCACUUAGGUGUGUGCAAAGCACUGGCUGGAUCUGCAUUGGCACUCUUCAGUGAAACCUUCGAUGGUCGAUCCAAGGAUGCGCGCUUUGAAGCGCUUUCGGAGCACUACAUGAAUUGGUGUGCCCAGCAUCGCCGGCAACCGCUUUUGACCAAGAUCAUCAAAGAGACGGUGUCCUGGGAUAACAAUAACACUUAUCCCUAUGCCACGUGGUACAAAGGGUCGUUGUCCACCACGAUGUGUGAGUACAUCGCUUCAUUCACGCAAGAUGCAGAAUUUGAAGACGACCUUUUGACAAAGUGCGGUGAAGCCGCGCGCGCUAUGAACGCAUUCCUUUCUGGGCUUUAUCAAAGCGACCUAUUUCUGGACCCUACCACCGCAAAGAGAAUUGGGGAAUACGGCCUACGAUUUCUUCGGCGAUACUACUCGUGUGCUACACAAGCACAUCAGCAGCAAAGAUGCUUGUUUUUGCUCCUCCCCAAAUUCCAUUGUGUGCAGCAUAUCUGUCUUCAGGAUCUAGUGCUGGCCUCCCAGAAGGCCGAAUGGAUUGUCAACCCCUUAUGCUACUCCGUUCAACUUGCUGAAGAUUACAUUGGCAGAAAUUCAAGAACCAGCAGGCAUGUGCACCCAUCUACGGUUGUACAGCGGAUUGCUCAGCGGCAUUUGCAGGCUGCAUUCACGAAGUACGUGGAAGCGCAGUACUUAGUAGUCGACGACGACAGCUAG